UUUCUGGGGGCUCGUGCUAAAUUUAACCCUGUGAUCCUGCAGCAGGCAGAGGGGUUUAAAUGCCAGCCUACAGUUGCUCCACACCAGUUGUUCUCCACACGUCUUCCACUCAUCACAAACUCAGGCCGGGGACGAAGACAGACACACACACACGUACACUCCGACACACACGCUCCUGGCAGAGGACUGAAGACCACAAACAGUAGAGCAGUUCCAGGGGAAGCAGGGAUCUUUGUCCCCUUAAAUCCAGACCACAGCGUUGUCCAGUAUGGAGCUUUUUGAGACCAACCCUUAUUUCUUCCCUGACCAGCGCUUCUACGAGGGAGGGGACAGCUAUUUCCCUUCUCGCCUGCCUGGGGGGUACGACCAAGCCAGCUACCAGGACAGGAACUCCAUGAUGGGCUUGUGCGGGAGUCUGUCUGGGGGUGUCGGAGUUGGGGUCACAGGAACAGAGGACAAAGCCUCUCCGUCCAGCCUGUCACCUCAUUCUGAGCCUCACUGCCCGGGCCAGUGCCUUCCCUGGGCCUGUAAGCUAUGCAAAAGGAAGACAGUGACCAUGGACCGUCGGAGAGCGGCCACACUGAGGGAGAAGAGGCGUCUGAAGAAGGUGAAUGAGGCUUUUGAUGCCCUGAAGAGGAGCACCCUGAUGAACCCCAACCAGAGGCUGCCCAAGGUGGAGAUCUUGCGGAGUGCCAUCCAGUAUAUCGAAAGGCUCCAGGCCCUGGUGUCCUCCCUCAACCAGCAGGACACCGAGACAGGACAGCAGGGGCUGCACUACCGACCCAGUCCGACCCAGCCCAGAGUGUUGUCGUCAAGCGAGCCCAGUUCAGGCAGCACCUGCUGCAGUAGCCCAGAGUGGAGCAGCACUCCAGAGCAGUGCACGCAGAGCUACAGCAGCGAGGAUCUCCUGAGUGCUGCUGACUCUCCAGAGCAGGGGAACAUGCGUGCGCUGACCUCCAUCGUGGAUGGCAUCUCUGCAGCAGAUGGAGCUGUGGCCUUUCCUGUGGACAUUCCCAAAUAGACCCUCCACACGUUGGACCCAUGGGUGCACAGAGAUCCACAAACGAAAAGGAAAUUUACAAUUGGCAUGGAGGCUGACAACCAAGCCCAAAUUCCAGUUUAAUUUAUUUUUCAGCUCUGCUGAUCUGAGUGUUUUGUCUUAUGCAAAAUUUAAAAAUUUUUGGUUUAUCAGGAUUGUAACUCUGCUGAUCUAUGGGUGUGCUAGCCAAACUGAAUUCCUCCUGUUCACAAUGAGGCCUUAUUCCCUUUAUUCCCUGCCUUAUCCUGUGGUCCAGACCUGCCUGUCAGAUCCACAGGAGCUCAGUCUAGAGAUUCAACAACUUUGCUGCAUGAACCCAACACCUAGUUACGAGUGUGGAUCGCUGAAAUGUCUCCAGUCUGAUAGAGCUACAGAGGAAUAACAAAACCUGUUUUUUUUUUUCCUUACUUAAUUUAAGUUUUCCUCUUUUCGAAACCUUUCCCUGAUCUUUCAUUUUUUUUGUGUGUGUUUUUAUGCUUAAAAAAACAUGAGUUUAUUUGUGGGGCCAAUAUGUACCAUGGCAGUUUUGACCAAGAUCUGCUUAAUUUAAACUGGUUAUGAAUGCUAGUGAUGUAAAUACGUUCCCUUUUUCUACAGAGUGGUUUUGCCAUUUUAUUUUUUAUUUUUUGCUAACUUAUUUUUGACUUUUAUAACUAAGAUUGUUGUGUAUUUGUAGAUGUUCCAAAAAAGUGAUAUUUUCUGUCCAAUUCUUGCAAUAAAGACCAUUUUCAAUA